AUGCCAAUCGACGACUCUGACGAUGAAAUGCCACAGCUCUCUGGCGGGGCUCUCGACGCGCUGAAAGAAUUUUACGCCGAGCGAGAUGCCAAGCUAAAGCAGUUCGAAACGCUCAAGGCGCAGGCUGAAGAUGAUUUUAAUGGGAAACUGUCCAUGGACGCGUUUACCGAAGAUUGGAAUGUGAGCCAGUUUUGGUACAGCGACGAGACUGCUACGGUUCUCGCACGUCAGCUCUUGGAUGGCGCCACCGAUGAGACGAAGAUUGCGGUGGUUUCUGCUCCGAGUGCAUUCAUUCAGCUGAAGAACUUGAUGGCGUCUGGAGAGUACAAGUGCAGACCGCAGAUCAAGCUACUCGAAAUUGAUGAACGAUUUGGAGUAUUCAAAGAGUUCGUUCGCUACGACCUUGAGAAGGCGAUACAACUACCCGCUGAGCUGAAGGGCUCGUUCGACCGCAUCAUUGUGGACCCACCGUUCUUGAAUGACGAUUGCCAGACAAAAGCAACAUUGACUGUGCGGUGGCUAGCUAAGGGGUGGACACCUGAAUCUGUGCGAAUCAUUGCGUGCACAGGAGAGCGUAUGGAAAGCAUCAUCACUGGCAAGCUGUACGGAAAAGCUGGUGUCAAGACCACAGACUACGAUAUCAAGCAUGCAAAGGGCUUGAGCAACGAGUUCAGAACAUACGCCAACUUCGAAUGCGAUGCGUGGAAAUGGGCGAAGUCUUCGUGA